AUGGCUAUCAAGAUUGGUAUUAACGGUUUCGGCCGUAUCGGACGUUUGGUGUUGAGAAUCGCUUUGCAAAGAAAGGACAUUGAGGUUGUCGCCAUCAAUGACCCAUUCAUUGCUCCAGACUACGCCUCCUACAUGUUCAAGUACGACUCCACCCACGGUAGAUACGCUGGUGAAGUCAAGUCCGAAGGUGACUCCUUGGUCAUUGACGGCCACGCCAUCAAGGUCUUCGGUGAAAGAGACCCAGCCACCAUCCCAUGGGGUAAGUCUGGUGUCGAGUACGUCAUCGAAUCCACCGGUGUCUUCACCACCCUCGAGGGUGCCCAGAAGCACAUUGACGGUGGUGCCAAGAAGGUCAUCAUCACUGCUCCUUCCUCUGACGCUCCAAUGUUCGUUGUCGGUGUCAACGAAGACAAGUACACUCCAGACUUGAACAUUGUCUCCAACGCCUCCUGUACCACCAACUGUUUGGCUCCAUUGGCCAAGGUUAUCAACGACACCUUCGGUAUUGAAGAAGGUUUGAUGACCACCGUCCACUCCAUCACCGCCACCCAAAAGACUGUCGAUGGUCCAUCCCACAAGGACUGGAGAGGUGGUAGAACCGCUUCUGGUAACAUCAUCCCAUCCUCCACUGGUGCUGCCAAGGCCGUCGGUAAGGUUAUCCCAGAAUUGAACGGUAAGUUGACCGGUAUGUCUUUGAGAGUCCCAACCGUCGACGUCUCCGUUGUUGACUUGACUGUCAGAUUGAAGAAGUCUGCCACCUACGAAGAAAUCUCCGAAGCCAUCAAGUCUGCCUCCAACGGUGCCUUGAAGGGUGUUUUGGGUUACACCGAAGACGCUGUCGUCUCCACCGAUUUCUUGGGUUCUUCUUACUCUUCCAUCUUUGACCAAAAGGCCGGUAUCUUGUUGUCCCCAACCUUCGUCAAGUUGAUCUCUUGGUACGAUAACGAAUUCGGUUACUCCACCAGAGUUGUUGACUUGUUGGAACACGUUGCUAAGGCUUCUAAAUAA